UACGAAUUAACAUUGUCAAUGAUGGUUCUUUAAAGAGACACAUGCAACAUGUAGCAUCCAUGGAGCAAAAUGCAUGGUGAUCUCAUGGAUGUAUGUGUGUUGUUGCUUUCUGAAUGACCUGAACAAUGCGAGAAGCUGUGUUUUGUGGCUCUUAUUAAUUAGACGUGGGGCCUAUGCACACAGUAAUCCUUUUCACACACUAUAAAAUGAGCCUGUUACUCUUCAUGUUUUCUCCUCUUCUACAAGCCUCUGCACUUAGUCUCCAACAACACAUCCCCGGCCCACUCUAAUUGCCUAACAUUGCUAGUAAACGUCCCCCCUCUUAUCGCCUAACAUUGCUAGUAACUCACCAUGCAUCCUGGGGAAGUUGCGAGCCUCGGGUACUUGUCGCAGUCGAACCCGCCUUCUUUCGCCACUCAUUACUACGUAACCCAAAGCAGUAUCCCCUCCCCCUUCGACUUAAGCAAUCUCUUCGGGCCUUACUCUGCACCCAAUAUCUAUGACAACAUACAACUAGUCAAUGAAGUAGGAGUUCCCGCCAAUUGUAAUUCGAAUUCGGAUGAGGGGGAUCACGAGCAGCGGACGAGUAGUCUAGCAGAGGAGAGGAGGAAGAGGAGGAUGAUAUCGAACCGGGAGUCGGCGCGGCGGUCGCGGAUGCGGAAGCAGAAACACUUGAGCGAGCUGUGGGCGCGGGUCGUCCAUCUCCGCGGCGCAAACCGCCAGCUUCUCGACGAGCUUAACCGCGUGAUGAGGGACUGCGAUCAGGUCGUGCAUGAAAACACGCAGCUUAGAGAUGAAAAGAUUGAGCUCCAAAAGAAACUUGAGAUGUUGGAAAUUGAGAACACUGUUAUCAUGAUUGGAGGAGCUGCUGAAGACACCUGCAGGGAGGGCAAAUAAGGUUUUGAAAUGAGAAAACCAGCAAGAGGCAUCUAAUGAUUCUCUAUUUUGAGGAAGUACUUUUUUCUGUUUUCUUUUUUGUUCCCCCCGGCCCCUGCCGAGUAUUUGUUUUCCUCAUUGUUAUAUUUGCCCUGUGCUUGGAAUGAAUAGGAACCAUUUUCGAUGAGUUCAAAUUAUUGAAAUAAGAAAGGAAGUUU